AAACGAUAAAAAUGAUUAUUUGUCCGUUUUGGCAUGUAACAACAGGCUUAGCUUGCACUUAGCUUCUAUACAACAGAGUCGUCUUUUCAGCAUCCAGAUGUUUCAGAAGUGUUAAAAGUUUUCAAUCGGGAUGAAUGUUAAACUUAACUAGAUCUAAAGGAACAAAUACUUAAGCUCCGAAUUUUUUUUUACAUGUGUAGCUAUGAAGAAAAAAUAAAUCCACUAUUGGUGUCAGAAAUAUAAAAAAAUUCUAAUAUCUGAUAAAUUCAUGGAAUGAUAUGACAAUAGAUUAGACAAAUUAGCAGUUGUUGAACCUCUGCAAAAAUACACCAAACAUUAAUCAGAAGAUUUUUUUCUGUUUUAUGGAAGAGAGCUGUUCUCUGAUUUGACUGACGGGGCUCAGAAUCUGCUCUCCAUGAACGAUCGCAUGCAGCUGUUCGGAAGAUCUUCGCAACCAAGAUUAAACUUGUUAAACAAUUCUAUUAACCCAUCAGUCCUGUUUAUGAUAUAGUCCUGGGCAUCUGUUGAUAGCUGACACUGAUCUGUAUCAAUCCAAAAUGUAGAUAUGUGCUUUAGGUCCACAUUUCAUGCACUCAUUCCAAAUGAUUUAAUGAAUCAGUUCAUCUGGUCUUGGUGAUCUCAGUGAUAAUCAUUUGGACUGAUAUGUUAUGAUCUGUUAUAUCAGAUGCUUAGUUUUGAUCUUCGCAACCAAGAUUAAACUUGUUAAACAAUUCUAUUAACUCUAAAUGAAUCCCAGAAUUUUUUUCACCUGUGUUCAUUUCACAGGUCCGCAGGACGGCGUGAAGACUCAUUCUGCUUUGUGGAAACUACAGAAUUUUGUAGAAGACGUUGUCAGAUAAAAGCUGUGAUUUGACAAGAUUAAACGGGUCAAAUACAAUCCCUCGAUCUUUAUGUUCCGUUCUUGCAGUCUGUUUAAUCCCUCACACGGUUAAUGGUCAUCUCCUGUAGAUUAAGAGCUCUCGAUAGGCCCAAUACAACUAGAUUUAUCACCUCACCCUUCCGAUAAGUUUCGGAUAAGGAUGGAAGAUAAGUUUAGUGAAUAAGUUCUGAGCAAGGAGUUUCACACGAGGCUCCUCCCUUGUUUUACCAGAGGACCAAUCAGAAUUGUGGAGAGAUGGACACUUAUGGAAUCAGUGAAAUCAUAGACAUUUGAGUUUUAACAGAAAUAGUUUGGCAGGGAUGAAGUUUUCUCUGACACCGGUAUCUAAAUCCCUCCUGGACAUGGAUGUAGUGAAUUACUGUGAAGAGCUGGACCCUAUCUACAGCACGCUGGGCUUUGAGAACACUGACAUGCUGUACAGCGGGAACAGCAUGCCAACAGAGCCCAGCAUCAGCCCUGAGGAUAAUGGCGUGAUUUCUAACUGUGCCAUCUGCGGGGACAAGGCCACGGGCAAGCACUACGGCGCCUCCAGCUGUGACGGCUGCAAGGGCUUUUUCCGUAGAAGCAUCAGGAAGAGUCACGUCUACUCCUGCAGGUUCAGUCGUCAGUGUGUCAUCGACAAAGACAAGAGGAAUCAGUGCCGCUUCUGCAGGCUUCACAAGUGCUUCCGAGCUGGAAUGAAAAAAGAAGCUGUGCAGAAUGAACGGGAUCGUAUCAGCUCCAGAAGAAGCACACCAGACUCGCAUGACCUUCCGCCUAUCACUGUUCUGGCACAGGCAGAGUCCCUUUCACAACAGAUCAGCGUCGCCAGUCCGACGGGCUCCGCUGAUAUCUCCGAGAAGAAAUCAGCCACCGUCGGGGACGUGUGCGAGUCUAUGAAGCAACAGCUGCUUGUUCUGGUAGAGUGGGCUAAAUACAUCCCGGCCUUCGGCGAAUUACCUCUUGACGACCAGGUCAGUUUAUUGCGAGCGCACGCAGGAGAACAUCUUCUGCUCGGAGUGGCCAAGCGGUCAAUGGCGUACAAAGACGUCCUGCUGCUCGGUAAUGGCUGCGUUAUUCACAGAAAUUGCCCCGAGGCCGAGAUCGGCCGGGUGGCUAACCGCAUCCUGGAUGAAUUGGUCGCACCUUUCCAAGACAUACAGAUUGAUGUCAACGAAUACGCAGCUCUGAAAGCCAUUGUUUUCUUUGACCCUGAUGCCAAAAGCCUCAGAGAUCCCUCGAAGAUAAAAAGCAUGAGGUACCAGGUUCAGAUGAGUCUUGAAGACUACAUUAAUGACCGUCAGUACGACUCUCGUGGGCGCUUUGGCGAGCUGCUGCUGCUUCUUCCGACCCUGCAAAGCAUCACCUGGCAGAUGAUCGAGCAGCUCCAGUUCAUCAAACUCUUUGGACUGGCCAAGAUCGACAACCUGCUGCAAGAGAUGCUGCUAGGAGGUCUAACCACAGAGCAGCCGUACUUGCACCACCAUGGUCACCCCCAACUCGCCCAGGAUCCGGUCACGGGCCAGACGUUAGUCAUCAGCUCCAUUUCAGGCCCUCUGCAUGCACAGCAGUUAGCUUCUCCAGACACCCCAAUCCCAUCUCCUCCUCAGGCUCAGAGCCAGGAGAUCUAUAAGACCUCCUCUAGUCCAACACACUUAAUGCCAUCACACCCCGUCUCCAACGGACCGUCUCCUGAGCCGCCGCUCUGAGGCGUCAAAUGGUGUCCUUGCAUCAUUAUAAUCUGUACAGUAUAUGACUGAAGCAGUAUCUGUGUGUGUUUGUAAAUGUGUAAAUAGUAUGACAUGAUUAAAAAAAAGAUCUGUGUAUUAUUAAAAAUCUCUUUUAGCAUUUACAGUCCGGUAUGAAGCGAAUCUUGGCGGAAAAAAAAUUACUAUUUUUUGUGGACUCAUGAAAACGUCCUAUUUCCUAUUACACAUUUUAUAUGCAAAUAUAAUUAUAAAUAAUUAUAACCUGUAUUUGACACAAGUCUAAUAAUCUCAGAAACAGAUUUGUGUCUGAAAUGUAAUUCUGGUUACUUAAAAAUGAAUUAAAGUAGAACUAAAGAAAGACAUAUGUGCAAGUUAAUUAACAUCAAUUAUGUAACCUGUAGAAUUUCAAGAAAUGGUGUGUAUUUAUGAUUAACGUUUAAUAAACCGAAUAUUUUAUGGCUGCCUAAUAA